AUGGGCUCAACUGAAACCACGCGACCGCUGGUGCAGAACCGCGAGGGAAAGGCUGCUCCGAGAAGAUUGAUUGCGCCCUUGACUUUGCUCCCUCAGGAGGCUUUGGACACGUACCUGAAGCGAAUAGGAUAUCAGGUGUGUGAGAAGUUGAUGCGUGUGCUACCUUUCCUCACCAUCUAUGGGGGAACUGUGGCCUUAAUUGCUUGCGUCAUCCUGAGAUAUCGUUGGGGUGUUCUGAUGUCUAUGAUGCUCUACUCCUGCUUCAUGUUUCUGAGCGCGGUGGAGCUGGUCGUCGGUGGAGCUUGGGGCAUGAUUAUGAUUUGGAUGAACAUUCGAAAUGAUUGGUAUUCGAUGUAUUUGAGAGAAAUCGUAGGAGAUACCAGCCCAAAAGUUCGUCGAAACGAAUCCGCAGGUUCGCCGAUGAACCUGGGGAGCGGCAACGAUUCUCCCACGAUGGACCGCAUUAUGCCACCACCCACACGAGAGUGGCAUGGUGGAGAGAUUGGGUGGAAUGAUUUGCUGCACGUUGUCAUGAUCCCUUCCUAUAAGACUCCCAUGGAAGUCUUACGCAUGGCCUUGCACGCUGUCAUGAACUACAAGCAGUGCAGGAGCAACUUGGGUGUGUGCUUUGCCUUCGAAGAACGUGAGCAAGAAGCUCAAGGGAAGGCUGCACAGCUCGCAGAAGAAUACGCCGGCGAAUUCGCCUUCGUAACGGCGACCUUUCAUCCACCCAACUUGCCUGGGCAUAUCCCCGGGAAAUCCUCCAACGAAUGUUGGGCCUUCCAGGAACUCAGCAAGGAGCUGCGCUCCAUGCGCGGCUUUGAGCCGGAUGAUCCGCGCGUCAUCAUCACGGUCAUUGACGAUGAUUCGGAGCUGCAUGAGAAUUAUUUCGAGGCGCUCUCCUAUCACUACUUGAAGGCGUCGGAGAAGGAUCGUUACACCACCCUGUUUCAGCCGCCGAUCGUCCACUUCAAGAACUUUUUGACCCAGCCCAUUCUGGUGCGAAAUGCCUCGCUCUUCACAUCCUUGCAUGAGCUGGCAUGCUUGGCGAAUCCGGUGGACUGUCAUGUGGCCUUCUCGAGCUAUUCCCUGAGUUAUAUCUUGGCCUCUGCGGUUCAAGGCUGGGAUCCGGAUUUCAUCUCUGAGGACUGGCACAUGACCGCCAAGUGCAAACUCAUGACUGAGGGCCGAGCGUCAGUGAAGCCCAUCUUCCUUCCUCUGAUGAACUAUGCUCCUGAAGAGGAUGAUGUGCGGCCCACAGAUUUUGUACCGGCAGUGCCAGAAACUGGUGGAUUGAAUCUUUAUAUCCAACAAUACCCCACAUACAUCCAGUGA